UUGUCCGUGCCCAUAACAGACGUUUGUCGAUCGGGCACCUUACCAGAAUACGUAUUGUCUACAGAGACCCUUGACAGCUCGUUCGUGCCAGCGGAUGCCAUACGGGCGCUUACGAACGGAGAUGAAAACCUUAGCGUUGUGCAGCACUUUGUACUGAAAGGAUGGCCUAAACGCUUGUCACCGUGUCACAAUCACCUUCAACCUUAUUUUUGCAGAAGACUGGAGAUGUCAAGCGUAGAAGGCCUGCUCUACUGGGGUCAUCGUAUCGUCGUACCCUGCAGAGCGCGAGUCGCCAUGCUCGCUGAGCUACAUCGGUCACACCAGGGUGCAUCUGCGAUGAAAAGACUGGCUCGGACGCUGUUCUGGUGGCCUGGGUUGGAUGGUGAGAUCGAAAGCCUUGCACGUUCGUGCAUCUCAUGUGUACAAGCUCAGCCAAUGCCCCAUCGACAGGUUCCUAUCUGUUGGCCAGAAAUGGGAACCAAAUGGUCAAGGCUUCACAUUGAUUACGCCGGACCGAUAGAGGGACGCAUGCUGUUGAUAGUCGUCGACUCUCAUACUAAAUGGAUUGAGGCACUUCCCGUCAAGUCGGCGACCACAGAAGUCACAAUUGCGCGGCUUCGAGAAUUGUUUGCGCGUUUUGGCUUGCCGCAAACAGUUGUAUCAGAUAACGGGCCUCAGUUUGCAAGUCAGCAGUUUUCCCAGUUCAUAACUGUCAACAACAUAACUCAUCUACGUAGUGCGCCCUACCACCCACAAUCUAAUGGUCUCGCAGAGCGUGCGGUCCGCACAAUAAAGGAUGGCCUUCUUAAGCACUCGAUGGUGAACGAUCUCGAAACAAAACUAGCGCGAGUGCUCCUAGGCUAUCGACGUACCCCACUGCCGUGCGGCAAGUCUCCUUCAGAGAUGCUGCUGACCUACCAAAUUCGUUCGCGCUUGGAUACUUGCAUCCCUUCUCUACCUCAAAGUUACUCGCAGCCUCCCAGAUUCCAGUCCGGCGACCAGGUGUGGGUGCGCAACUUUGGCCGAGGGGAGCGUUGGCGUCCAGGCAUCGUCAAGAGCAUAGAGGGUUCACGCCUUGUAACGGUCGACACUCCAGAUGGCCUAGCCAGACGUCACUUCGACCAAAUUUUCCGUCGCGUGCCUGUGUCACCCGUGACCCCAAAAGCGGAGGCGUCCGAGUCGCUUCAACCCAGCCCGGACAACAAGAGUCGGCCAACGUGAACGCCAGAAGCCCGGUGCAGCCUGGCCACUCCAGAAGCGAGUGGCGCUGCGCCUGUUCCUUCGACAACACCUCCAACAUCCGUCCCAGCCGAACAGGCUCUCUCUCCCCCAAGUCCGCCGGUCUUACGGAGGUCUACCCGACAACGAAGACCCGUGCAAAGACUGCAGUUUUAAAAGAAAGGGAGAAGUGAUAUGAAGUGCUGUGCCACACGUGUCAAACAUGAUUCGUUGUUUUUAUGUUACGUCAUAGGCAAGCAGCCUAUAUAUCUAGUUCGCUGUCGCUGAAAUAAAACAGUGCGGUACGUGCU